CAGCACCCGGAAGUCGACAAACUUGAGUUAGUCUCCUCUCUGGGUUUCAUCAGCCACACGUUUCAGUCAAAACCAAACGACAGGAGAGUUUUUGCCUGAGGUGACAGAAAGAUGGGAGACCCGGUGGCCGAGUACACAAGCCGACUGCAAGAGCAGGAGCGGGAGAUUCGCCGUCUUUCUGCUGAGAUUGAGAGCCUGAAGAACCCGCAGAACCUGAGUGCAUCUCCACAUCUGGAUGGGCUGAGGGAGGAGAACGCCCGCCUCAAAUACCGCCUCAACAUCCUGAAGAGGAGCCUUCAAGAUGAGCGCAGUCACUGCACUAAGUACAUGAUGAACAUCAACCAGCAGCUGCAGGAGAUCUUUGGCGAGGCGAUCCGGGCGUCCUGUCCCGAGCUGGACAACCCGCCGCUGGCCGUCACGCCCAACCAGCAGGCCAAGUUUGGAGACUACCAGUGCAACAGUGCCAUGGCCAUGGCCCAGAUGCUGAAGGCCAAAGGAAUAAAAGUCAACCCGAGGGAAAUCGCAGAGAGGAUCGUCCAGAAUAUUCCAGACAACGAGCUGAUCCAGAAGACAGAGAUCGCUGGACCAGGGUUCAUCAACAUCCACCUGAAGAGGACGUUUGUGUCCAAACUGUUGUCCAACCUGCUGGUGAACGGAGUGCAGCCACCGCCGCUGGCCUCCAGGAAGAAGGUGGUGGUGGAUUUCUCAUCUCCCAACAUUGCCAAAGAGAUGCAUGUGGGUCACCUGCGCUCCACCAUCAUAGGAGACAGCAUGUGUCGCCUGUUUGAGUUCCUGGGCUACGACGUUCUCAGGUUGAAUCACGUUGGGGACUGGGGCACCCAGUUCGGGAUGCUGAUCGCUCACUUGCAGGACAAAUUCCCAAACUACCUUGACGUGUGCCCACCCAUCAGUGACCUGCAGGCCUUCUACAAAGAGUCGAAGAAGCGUUUUGACGAGGAGGAGGACUUUAAGCGGCGAGCGUACCAGUGUGUUGUCAAACUGCAGAGCAAAGAGCCAGACUUCAUCAAGGCCUGGAACCUCAUCUGCGACGUUUCCAGGAAAGAGUUUCAGAAAGUUUACAGCUGCCUGGACAUCCAGAUCAUCGAGAGAGGAGAGUCCUUCUACCAGGACAUGAUGACGGCCGUGGUGAAGGAAUUUGAGGAGAAAGGUCUGGUGGAGCUGGACGAGGGUCGUAAGAUCGUCUUCGCCCCGGGUCAGUCCAUCCCGCUGACCAUCGUCAAGUCGGACGGCGGCUACACCUACGACACCUCGGACCUCGCCGCUUUGCGACAGCGCAUCUUCGAUGAGAAAGCAGACGUCAUCAUCUACGUCACCGACAGCGGACAGGGCACACACUUCCAGGUGGUGUUUGCCGCGGCUCAGAUGAUUGGCUGGUACGACCCCCAGGUGACACGGGUGGAACACGCCGGCUUUGGAGUGGUGCUGGGGGAGGACAAGAAGAAGUUCAAGACACGUUCAGGAGACACGGUGCGACUGAUGGACCUGCUGGACGAGGGGCUGAAGAGAUCCAUGGACAAACUGAAAGAAAAGGACAGAGACAAGGUCCUGACCCUGGAGGAGCUGACUAAAGCCCAGACCUCGGUGGCGUUCGGCUGCAUCAAAUACGCUGACCUCUCCCACAACCGCAUCAACGACUACGUCUUCUCCUUUGACAAGAUGCUGGACGACCGGGGCAACACGGCGGCGUACCUGCUGUACGCUUUCACCCGCAUCCGGUCCAUCGCACGCCUGGCCAACAUCGAUGACGCGACGCUGAGGAAAGCGGCAGAGACGACGGAGGUGCUGCUGGACCACGAGAAGGAGUGGAAGCUGGGGAAGUGCAUCCUGCGCUUCCCCGAGAUCCUGCAGAAGAUCCUGGACGACCUGCUGCUCCACACGCUGUGCGACUACCUGUACGAGCUGGCCACCACCUUCACCGAGUUCUACGACAGCUGCUACUGCGUGGAGAAGGACAGGCAGACAGGUGAAGUGGUAAAGGUCAACAUGUGGAGGAUGCUGCUGUGCGAGGCCACAGCGGCCAUCAUGGCCAAAGGCUUCGACAUUCUGGGCAUCAAUCCCGUCCAGAGGAUGUGAUGUCACAGUGCCCCGCCCUCUCCUCCGCCCCCCCCACAUCCACAUCCCAGUUCACCUGAAUGCCAAACGGAAACGGACGACAAAUUGAAGAUGACAAUAAAUAAUAAAAAUAGAAUCUAUGAGCCUUUUUUCACUCACUUCACUCACGGGAUUUGAAAAGUUGAUUUCCAAAUCUGUUCAAUAAAAGUUAUGACCAUGAAGCCAAA